AUGGGGUAUGUUGAGGGCAGAAUACAGGCACCUAGCACUAUGGACCCUAGUUAUGAUCAGUGGAAAAUCACCAAUUCUCUUAUCAUGGGUUGGUUGAUCCACUCUAUGGUCCUUGAGAUUGGAGAGGGCUAUUUGGCUAUGGACACUACAGAGGAUAUCCGGGAGGGUGAGAUGACUGUUCUCCAGUAUUUUACCUUCCUUAGCAAUGGGUGGAAGCGACUUUAUCAUCUUCAGGAUUAUAAACCUGUCUACUCCAUGGAUUCUGCUGGUUACCGGAAGUUUGUAGAACAGGUGAGAGUCUUCAAGUUCUUAGAAGCCCUAAGUGUGGAGUAUGAUCUAGUUCGGAGUAGAGUACUUGGUAUGGAUAUGCUUCAUUCUCUCCAGGAAGCCUUUCCUUAUGUGCAGAAUGAGGAGAAUCGUCGUUCUGCGAUGCUUGCUUCUCCCACUACUGAUCAUUUUACCUUGGUUUUUGCAGCCCCCGAGAUGAAGAGCGUAUGA